CUUAAUUUCUUUAUAUCAAAUUAAUCUCAAUAGAUUAAUUAAAGAUGAUAUUAAUAAGCAAAUUUAGAAUAACAAUAAUUAUUUUUAUCAUAAGUACUUUUAUCUUUCUUGCUUCCUGUUCGGAGGUUUCCAUAAAGCCCACAAAUGAUGGCCUUUCAACAAAAAAAAAGGAAAAAUGCACCUACUUUGUGACGAUAGAGACAACAUGUACAAAAGGCGCAGACACCACAAAUCAUGUAAGUCUAAGAUUUGGUGAUGAAAAUUCCAAUGACAUUUUAGUGCACCAUUUGAAUUCUAAACAUGUUAGAAGAGUUGAUCCAUUGGAACCACAAGUUGUUGAUGACAUCCCAAGAAAACCAUUUCAAUCUUGUAUGGUUGAUCAAUUUCAAGUCAUUGGUCAAUGUGUUAAAUCACCAAUUUGUUAUCUGUAUCUUAAAUUGGCUGGAAAUGAUGAUUGGCGUCCUGGUUUUGCUCAAGUUCAAGUCCUACAGGGACCUCAUUUUAGCUCAAAUAUGUUUUAUUUUCGACGAUAUUUGCCUCGUCGUGUAUGGCAUGGACUGGACCUUUGUGAGACACAAGUGACACCUUUUGGGUUAAAACGUAAGAGAAAUGUAAUUGAAGAUAGAGCUCCGUAGACUUUUAUGUAUCCUGUGAUAAUUAUGACGCCUUAUUUUUCAUAAUAUUUAUCUAUAUAAAUAUAAUUUUUUUUUAAAAUAGCGAA